AUGCCACAGUUCCGUUCAGAGAGCCCGCUGACGGAAUCAUCGUCGAGCGACGCCGACUCCGCGUACGAGCUCGAGCACUCGUCGGACGAAGAAACAGAUGUGAAACCACGCACGGUGCCCAAGCACCUCGAGAAGAUGGUCGCAGCAGCAGAGAUGUUCGAUCCCGUCGACGCUGAACGCAAGUGCUAUCGAUGCUGGAAGCUCGGUGUCGACUGCCUGCUGCCGUUUGAAAAGGACCAGAUCGACUCCAAGUGCAACCGGUGCGAAAAGGACCGCAGAUCGUACUGCAACGUCAAUGAUCGGCCAGCGGUCAGAUUGAUCAAUUGCACGGCUGAAACGCGCUUCUACGGCAUGUACUACGAGGCGCUCCACAAGAAGCACACAGGGGAAGAUCCCGUCAGCACGGACUUUGAUCUGGCUUCGAUGGAUAUGGACAUCAUCAAUGCCGACGAAGACAUGAAGAGGAUGCACCAGACGCUGUCAGCCAAACAGGCCGCGCUCGAGCGAAAGAGGGCCAAAACAAGACGGCGCGCGCAGGUAGAUCAGGGCACGGGUCCUCUCAACGAGCAUCCGUGCUUCCACUGCAGGGAACAUGGCUAUGCCUGUCGGCCAGCGAAAGAGGAAGCUAUCAAGAAAGAUCCUCGGAACAAGGACAGAUGUCACGUAUGCAUCGGCAGGGCCGGCCGCUGCAAUGCCAACAAAGUUCAGCUUCGCUUUGGUGAGGGAACCAAGGCAGAGCUUCUGAGAAAGUACUAUGCCGGCCUGGAGGACCUGGUAAACAGCGAUAAGGCCGGUUCCAAAUGGGUCCCGCCCGACUCCGACAUCAAGCCAGAGACUCUGGAGGCGGAUCUUGUGGACAAAUUCGGUCUCCGAAGGCGAUACGAUUUUGUGAUGCAAGACCGCGCAAAGGCCGAUAUCAAGGGCAAGGCCCUUAAGUUAAAGAAGGAAAAACAGAGAAGCAUCAAGCGGGAUGGGACCCAAGAGGACGGAGUAAGUUGUAAGAGUGGCGUACAGGAAGAGGAGGAGGAUGACAAGAACAGCAAUCGAAACGGGAAAAGUAGCCAGUACAAGCUUGAAGUUGCACGCAUCAAGAGGUCUGACAGCAGCCCCGAAGAACGCUCAACAAGCGCCCUUGCCACCCCAGCACCACUCGCAUCAACCACCCACCAAAGCACCCGCUCGCCCCAUCAAGACAAACCAACGGUCGCUGAAAGGCGCAGCACCGACGGUUCCACCCUGACAGGAAGUCCCUCCAACAUCGAGUCACUUACGACAGAUGAAAUGCAAGAAACACAGGGAAUUGAUAUGCCUCAGCUUGCGGACAAUGUAAAAGGUGCCGACACGAGCAGUCGUGAUUCCUACUGGGAGUCACUAUGUUCGUCUCCAACAAUGCCAAUCCAGGCGCCAGAAACGAGAAGAAGAAGCGAUGGGCUAACACAAGAGACAGCCAUCGACGUGGAUACCAGUGACGAAGAAAGCCUGAGGCCACUUCGUGAUAGCAAGGUUUUCCGGGACCAAUCCGUGCUCUGUACUUCCGAAGCAGAUACGGUGUCGAGUGAGGGGAAGCAGCAACAGGAUAGGAAAAGGCGUGGCCAGUCCCGAUACAGGAAUGAGCCGCCUUUGUUCAAACGGAUGCGAGCCAGUCUAAAUCUCGACGAGAUCCGCGCUGCCGGUCAUCAAAGAGAAUCAUGCAGCCGGGCACACGAAGCCUGGUUGGCUCACGAACGCGCUGAGGACCGUCUGAAAGAGGCUGAUACCAAUUUGGAGCACGCGGAUGAGCAGCUGCAAUUACUGAUUGUACCACGACCUCACCAUAUCGGCCUAUGGAACAGCAGUAAAGGAGACAUAAAAGGAACACAACAGCGUCAAGUCGCAGAAGCUCGGCUCGAGGCCUUGAAGGAAGAGGUCGCGUCUGCACGACGAACGGAAGAGGAAGCCAAGACACUGCUUGCAACUUGCCUCGAGGAGGUUCCCCGAGACUCAUGGGAAUUUAUUCGCAAGUGUGUGGAGGAGGAGAUGUCCCGCGAGCGACGAGCUCAGAGACACGUUGAGAGUGAUAUCCUUCGAUUUCGAUUUGUAGACAAAGUGCAGGACGACGGGAGUCGUCAGUGA